AUGAUAAGGGUUGAAUAUCAAAUCCAGAUUUAUGAUUGUAUUUAUGAGAAUUUCAAGAUAAGACAAUAUAAUAUUAGUGUCUUCAUUUUUAAUACAAAAUAUCAAUAAAAAAGUUUUUUGUUAUAAUUGAGUUAAAAACUUUAUUCAAAGGAUUAGAGAAUGAUGUAGAUGUAUUAAUUUAAUGUUGUAUUCAUUUUAGACUUCCUUUGAUAAAAUGAACAAUUUGAUUGACUAAAUAUUCAUUCCAAUUUCUAAACUUAAGAAUCCUAAAUUUGAAUAUUCUUUGCCAAAACUUGAUUAAUUCAAUAUCAUUGGUUAAUCCAACUUUUAAUCAAAGAUACUUUAAUAACUUAAACCAUUAAUCAAUUCAACAAUCAAAGACCAAAUUCAAUUUUAAUUAUAAUCAGAUUAAUAACAUUCAAAUUAAUCAUAACAAUAAUAAAUAACAUCAAUUCAAUCUCCAUCUUCUUAAUUUGAUUCAAAACCUUUUUACUUAUUAAAUAAUUAAAGAUAACAAAAUUAAACAAGAUUAAUUUUGUUUUGUAAUUGCAAUCAAUCAAGAUAAUUCAAUUGUAGCAGUUGGUUGUAAUAGUCAAAUAUCAAUUUAUGAAUUCAAAUAAGGAAUGAUGAAAUAAAUUCAAAUCUUAAAUUAACACAUUGGUGAUGUAUUUACUUUAAAAUUCAUGAUAAAAUCAAAAUAGUUAAUAUCUGGAGAUAAUGGUGGAUCUAUUGUAAUUUGGUCAAGCUAUGAUAAUAAUUAAUGGAAUUUCUCAUAAACAAUUUAAGGACAUAGGAAUUAAAUCCUUUGUUUAAUUUUGAAUACCAAUGAAGAUCUUUUUAUCUCUAGUAAUAGCGAUUCCUCAAUUAAGUUUUGGAUGAAACAAAAUGAAUGGAUUCGUUAAUAAAAAAUCACUGUUCAUAAUAGUUAUGCUUAUCAAUUAAGUUUAAAUGAAUAACAAGAUAAAGUUAUUUCUUGUCGAUAUGAUAAUAGAAUAUUAUUAGAAAAUAUCAACAACUAUGACGAUUAUUCACAUAAAUAUAAAUAAAUAAAUAAAUAACAACUUAUUUUUUGUAUUUAAAUUAUAUAUGAAAAGCGAGAUAUUUUUUUUAAUUUUUGCAAUCUCUAAUAGAAUUUCAGGAGCGAAAAUUUAAUAGCUUUAACAAAUGCGAAAUCAGAAGUAGCAGUUUGA